CCGACCAACAUUCGAGCAAAAAUGAAAAACAUCCAAACUAAGGACUGCUAACGAAACCUUACAAAAAUAUGAUACUUCAUUUUAACAGUGACACUUACCUGUCCAGGGUUGCUAACUUGCCGUAGCUGUCAUGACUAUUUGAAAAGAUAUCUCUAGUCGGCCAUAUUGGUCAUGACUUGGCUUGGCUUGUCCAGACCUUGCCCUGUCCUUGCCUCGCCUCGCCUCACCCUAUCUUGUUCUGCCCAGCCGGAAUCUCGGAACUACCAUUGCUGUUUAGCGACAUCUGUGCGAGAUCGAGGACAUGGGUUGCACAUAGUGUGUGACAUGCCAAAAGCGACUCUUUCUCUCCACUCCCUUUUUGUUCUAUCACAAAUUACUUGGACUCUAGUUUUUUUUUUUGGACAAGCCUAAUGACUUUCUUAGCCAUAAAC